AUGCCCACUGCAAUUGUCACCGGCGCAACAGGUAUCAAUGGGCUCGCGCUCAUCCGCACCCUCUCCGCGGACCCCAAGACCUGGACCCAGAUCCACGCCGUAUCCCGGUCCGCCCUAUCGGUCAGCACCCUGUUUCCGGCGAACGUGCAGCACGUGCCGCUAGACCUCCUCGGGGGCGUGGCAGACAUUGCAAAGGCACUCAAGCAGAGAAUCAAUGAGCUGAGCAACGACGCAAUCUACGUUUUCUUUGCGGCCUAUCUGGAGCAGGAGACGGAGGAGAAGCUGUCGGACGUGAAUGGGGCGUUGUUGCGCAAUUUUCUGGAGGGGGUGAGGGGGGCCGGGCUGGAGAAGCGGCUCAAGAGGGUUGUGCUGACGACGGGGGCGAAAUAUUAUGGCGUGCACCACGGCGCCGUCAAGGUCCCGUGCGAAGAGGAGGACCCGAAGGUUGUGGGGCCGACGGUGCCGAGGAACUUUUAUUACGUGCAGGAGGACAUCUUGAUUGAGAUGUCGCGCGGCCAGAGCUGGGACUGGUGCACGGCAAUGCCCGGUGCGGUCAUUGGCUUUGCUCAUGGAAAUUUUAUGAACAUGGCAUCUGCAAUCGCGAUUUAUGCGAGCGUGUGCAAAGAGCUUGGAGAGCCACUGCACUUUACGGGGAACCUCCCUGGGUACACGACGUUCGAUACGCAUAGCUCUGCGAAGCUUGUUGCCGAGUUCGAGAUCUGGGCCGCGCUGAAUGAGAAAUGCCACAAUGAGCGCUUCAAUAUCGUCAAUGGGGACCAGGCCAGCUGGCAGUCCAUGUGGCCCAAGAUUGCGCGCCACUUUGGCGUCCGCAUUCCGCCGAACCAGUUCGUGAUGCCCGCGCCGCUCCCGGGUAAGUACAAAAUCGCGCAGGACCCGCCGCUAGCUGCGCAUGCGGACAAGAUGGGCCUUGUCGGCGUGCUCGAGGAGAACGCGAUUGACUGCAGGGUGGACCUAGUGAAGUGGGCCGAGCGGGAGGAUGUUAAGAAGGCGUGGGCGGAGAUUGCAAAAAGAGAGGGACUGAAGGAUGACGCCUUGAAGAGGGCGACGUGGGUGUUUGCGAACAUGAUGAUCGGAAAGAAGCACCCUUGGGUGUCGAGCAUGACCAAAGCGAGGAAGUUUGGAUGGACGGGAUAUGUCGAUACUUGGGAGUGCCUUGAGGAUACUUUCAACGAGCUCGAGCAGGAAAAGAUCAUUCCGAGGCCGCAGAGCUUGAUCCACUAG